ACGAUAACAUUUCUGGGUUUCCUGCUUAACUCGUUGCUAAUGCAAAUAUCUUUGACAGCUCACAAGGCACAGAAAAUAAAGCAAAUGUGCCAAGAAUUAUUAGCAAACCCACGCGACGUCACACAUGCGUUAGGAACAUUUACAGCUAGUUUGCCCGGAGUAAUGUACGGGCAAUUGCAUUAUCGUUGGCUCGAGAUGGAUAAAACUGAUGCACUAAAAAUAAAUAAGGGUAAUUUCGACAAACUAAUGACCCUUUCACCAGAUGCAAAACAUGAUUUAAACUGGAGGUAUACAUCCAUCUCUUCUGCUUAUAACCCCAUCAGUCACGGUGAACCACAAGUCUGUAUUACAACCGAUGCAUCUUUAACAGGAUGGGGUUGUUCAGUUGAUGACGUGAAUGCUGGGGGAAAUUGGACACCAACUGAGGCAGAACAUCAUAUAAAUUAUUUAGAAAUGCUUGCAGUUUUCUUUGCACUCAAGUCAGUUUUCUCACAAAUUUCCGGCAAACAUGUUAAAGUUCUAAUUGACAAUACCACGGCUGUUCGGCUGGUAUCAAUCAAAUGGGUACAUAUAUGUCAUUCCCGCACAAAUCACAGACUCGCUUGCCGCAUAUGAGAAUGGUGUAUCGCUCACAAUAUUUGGCUAACAGCGGCACAUAUCCCAGGCAUAGAAAAUAUAACUGCGGAUAGAGAAUCUCGAGUAAGCCGCAGAGGGACUGAGUGGCAAUUAAACAAGCGCAUUUAUUCUGCUGCCAUUCAGAAAAUAGGUGUUACACCAAAUAUUGAUUUGUUUGCGUCACGGUUAAACUUUCACAUUGAACGAUAUAUUUCGUAUCAGCCAGAUCCUUACGCUAUGGCAGUAAAUGCUUUUUCUGUAUCAUGGGCAGGCUACACUUUUUACGUCUUUCCGCCUUUUAGUAUCAUUCAACGAGUGCUACAAAAAAUUGUAGAGGAAAAAGCUACUGGAUUAAUCAUAGUGCUCUACUGUCCUACCCAAACGUGGUGGCCAUAUCUCAUGAAAAUGUUGCUUACACACCCAAUCAUUCUACCUAGGGGAAACGCUACAUUAGUUUUGCCAGCUCAUCCGACGCAAACACACCCUCUACACAAGCUAGACCUGUUACUCUGCCAUUUAUCGGGGCAUUCCUUUCUGAGCGAGGAAUUUCGUCACAAGCUUCAGACAUUAUCCAACAGUCAUGGCGAACAGGCACCAAAAAACAAUACGCAACACACCUCAACCGUUGGAGACAGUACUGUGGUGCAAGGGGUAUUGAUCCCAUUUCAGCGUCUGUAGAAAACGGAAUAAACUUUCUGAGCGAACUGUACGCCCAGGGAUUGUCUUACAGCGCCAUCAAUACUGCAAGAAGUGCUUUAUAUACCAUCCUAUUGGUGCGUGGUGGUACCACCUUUGGUAAUCAUCCACUUGUCACAAGGUUCGUAAAAGGCGUCUUUGUUUCACGGCCAGCUUUGCCUCGCUAUACAGAAAUAUGGUAUAUAUCUCUUGUAUUUAACUAUCUACGAACUCUUGACCCUGUUGAAGAAUUAAAUCUAAAAGAACUUACUCUUAAAACUGUUAUGUUGCUGGCUAUUUUAUCUGGACAACGUUGUCAAACACUUCAUGCUUUAAGUAUAACCAGCAUGGAACGUCAGGAGAAUAAAUACAUUUUUUAUGUUAAUCAACUUGUAAAAACUUCUAAACAUGGGAAACAUUGGGAUGAUCAAGAAUUCACUGCUUAUCCCUCGGGUCCACGCCUAUGUAUUGUUAGUUGCUUAAAUCAAUAUUUGAAGAAGACCGAAUCUAUUCGGAACAAUUCAGUACAACUUUUGUUGAGUUAUCAAAAACCUCACCAUUCAGUUUCCUGUGACACAAUUGCAAGGUUGCUAAAGAGCGUCAUGAAGGAAGCAGGUAUAAAUACUGAUAUCUAUAGUGCUCACAGUACUCGAGCUGCUUCAACCUCUGCAGCCAAAGCGCUGAACAUUCCUAUUCAAACAAUUAUAAAUGCAGCUGCGUGGACAAAUGAACAAACAUUUCAGAAGUUUUAUUGUAAACCUAUUGCUUCAAGUAGCACUUUUGGGGAACAUCUUGUUAUGGCUUUUAGUGAGACUUAAAUAUGAUAUGAAUUACAUCAUUACAAUUUAUUGGUAUGCUUGCUGUUCAUGCCCACAUUGCUUUAAAGUCUCACGUGACUUUCUAGUGACGUAGAACGAAGUUUGAUUGUAGUUCUAUGAGUCAUUGUUCAGGAACUAGGAAGUCACACCCACCCAUGAAUUAUAUAAUGUAUAUGUAUUGUAUAUGAUGUGUUAUUAUCAUAUAGUGACAUAUCCUCCCUAAGUUGGGAAUGUGGCCAUUCACAGGUAUGUUUUAAAAACUGAUUGCUCGAUCUCGCGCGCUCUAUCUCACGUGACUUCCUAGUUCCUGAACAAUGACUCAUAGAACUACAAUCAAACUUCGACUUAAGGUAAGUCUCGUUUAAUUUUUAAAGUUUCACAUCACAUGAAAAUGCUUGUCGGAAAAACUCGGUACUUGUCGUAUUUACGAAUCUGUCACGUGAUUUACCACCGCCGGUACAACGCACUGACACGAAAUUUAGAGCUAUAUGAAAGUUUCAUGCCCAUAUACUUGAAGGCUUGCUAUUGGUUUGCAAGAAACGGAAAAGCAACAAAAAGGCAGUAGUUAUAGAGGCGCUGCUGUUUAUCCUACGCCAAUUUCUGGCGGCAAGCUCUGAAGACGAUAAACGGGGAAGAGGAUUUCUGAAUUUUGCAGAUGCCUAUGGUUUGUACAGUAGCUUUUUUGAAAACCCUGUGGAGAAAGCAGACUUUCGUGAUCAUCUCCUGCAUUCUGAUUAUGGUCUUCGAGUGUUUGUUGCGACUGUUCACAACACGAGGUACAAUGUGAGUCUUUGAUAUGAAUAAUGACAUGAAAAACAGUAAUAAAUAAAUAUUUUACUAAUAAAUAAAACUUCAAUUCAAAAAGUAAUGGUUCAACUCCUAGGCCUUGUUGUUCCUGAAUAAAUAAAGUUAUUUUAUUAUUUUAUCAUUAAUAAUUUAUUAUUAGUAAUCGUGUUUACAAAAUGGUAUGCGCAUCAAUUUCGCAUUUGGGCGUGCCCUAUCUUGGUAACCAUGGCAACAAUACUUUGCAAUGAUAUAUGUUUUGUCAGAAAAUAUAGCCUAUUAGUAUUAACAACAUGCUAAAAGAUGUGUUUGACACUAUGAAGAGAUUUUUUGGUGUAUAAAGAGCCCCUUAAAAGUGGGUGUAGGCGAAAAGGUAGAGCUUUGUAAAAGCCAAAACGUAUAAUCCAAUAUGUUUAUCAACAACGUCUUUGGAGUACUAAUUAAACUGCAACUAUUCUAUUGCAUUUUGUGUACUUUUGGCAGGUAUGUCAUUUUAGAAAAUGACCUCACUGACAUUGAAUGGUUACUCAAAGAUUUAGAAGAGUGUAGAGUUGAUCCAUUGAUUCGGUUUCAGCUUACCUGUUCUAACCUUAGAAGUAUCAUAAACUCCAUGGACACAGAAUUUGACAGGAACGCUUUAAAAGCAGUUUUGUUUGCAACACGAAGCCGCAAAGAGAUUGCUGACUUAGGAAUUAAAGAAGACAGAGCAGUAAAUUUUCUUCGGAAAACAGUAACAACAGCUGCAGAGUGUGAAAAUGCUCUUGGAGCUGCAGAAGAUCUCCUGAAUAUCAGGUAUUCUGGAAUUGAUGCAAAGAUAGCCGCCAGGCUUGGAGAAUUUUGCCCGAUGCAAGAAAAAAAGAUUUGUUCACCGAAAAGGAGACGCUUCUUGAACCUGCCGAAAAUACCAAGAAACUUGAAGUCUAUGAAGAUAACAACAGCAGGAAACGUUUUGAACAGUGCAAGAGAAGACUGGCAAGAAACCUUAUUGAAAAAAAUCGUGUAAAACGACGCAAGGCUAGCAGGGGUGCACCAAGAGCUUUGGACAGCGAAGACGAAGAAUUCAUCCAGAAGGCCAUAGAGCAUAAAAUUAGUCCACAUGGCAGACGUCAUGAUGCAGUUUUGUAUGUUAAUCAUCGUGUAAAAAAGAAGGAUUUUCUAUCAAUUGCCAACUACAAUCUGUUCAGGAGAGGCAAGAAGCUGAUCAAAAGUGCUACAACCGUAUUAAAUAGAGGAAGACCAAAGAAAGUAUCCUCAAGAGCAGCAAAGUUACACAUAGGAAAGUGGCUCUUUUGUGCUAAGAAACCACCGAAGACAGAACAAGAAGAGAAUGAAUGUACACAUCACCAGAGAACGCACAUAAAGAAUGCGAAGUGCAGCCUGUUUUCAAACGAUGAUAAAGGUCUUAUUUUGUCCAUGGAUGACAAAGCUUAUCUUCGACCCGGAACUUAA